GAGUGCUCAGCCCUUAUUAAACUGCUUUCCAUCAUAGCAGUGGCUUUUAGAUGGCUCUGAUUUUAUUUACAACAGCUUGACGGAGUCGAAAACAAGAUAAAUAUCGGACGGGAUGAAAAUAUCAAUAUCACUAUUUUUGCUUUAAUUGCUGUUGCUUUUGUCACAAAUGGAGUCGUCUGUUUACCUGUCUCAAAAACUGAUCUAUUUCGAACCCAAACUGACAGACAAGACUUCCUAUAUAGUCUACCAAAAAAUAUAUUCACGUCUGGAAUAUAAAUAGCCGCAACUUGUUAAAAGCUGUUAACACAUGAAAGCCUGUGAAAGCACAAGACGUAAAGUGAGUUCCUCAUAAUUUUUUUUUUUAAAUAUACGAUGUCAAAAUCUGUAACUCCUAACUGGCUGCAGGAAUCUUGUGAAGACUUGGAAGGUAGUGGUGAGCCACUUGAAAAGAAAAGAAAAGUUUUAGGUAGUGAAGAAAGCCAGAGAACAGAAACACGAGAGACAGACAGACAGGCAGAAAAUAAACGAACAGAGAAUGUAAUCUGUGUAGAAGAUCAACCGGGUAGUGCCUACCAUGAAGAGAAGGAAGAGGAAAGCAUAGAUAACAACAACUGUAACCAUCCAGGAUACGUAAUAACUGGAGAUGGUAAAAUCGUUUAUGAGCAUGGAUCACUAGAAGAAAGUUUUGACCAUGUUGAUGAUCCUAUGUUCUGGGGUCCUUAUUUGUCAGAGAGGCAAUGGGGAACUGUUAGGGAGGAUUAUUCUGAUGACCACAACUGUUGGGAGCACAUAACAUACGAAGAUGCUACCAGUCAUGCUUAUGUAUCGGGAGAAGAUGGUCUGCUUGGUGUCAGUGACAGGUUCCAGUUACUAUGUGCAUCACUGGCAUUGUGGAAUGGGAAAGAUACAAUUUUGAAGGAAAGGCUGUUUGGACUAACAAGUGUUGAGGGCAACCAUGGUGAGGAUUUGAAAGAGCUAUAUUAUUACCUGGACAACAUACCUGAUCACAGCUACAUGAGGGCACUGUACAAGUACCCCCAGGUUGCAUUUCCCUAUCAUCAACUUAGGGAUGAAAACAAAGCACGGUCUUUUGCAGAUCCAGAAUUUGAAAUUAUUGAUACAGGAGUGUUUGAGAAUGGCUACUGGGAUAUCAGCGUGGAGUAUGCUAAGACAGACAAGCUGGGUCUUGUGUGCCGCAUCAUAGCGGUCAACUGUGGGCAGGACGCAGAAACUUUGCACAUUCUGCCUCAGUUUUACUUUAGGAAUACAGGCAGAGUGAAAGAACCUCUUCCUAAUGUUCCAAGGAACCAACAGAUGCUGAUGUCAAAAGCUGAUAAUGAGUCCAUCAACAUUUCUUACCACCUUGGGCAUUGGCGUCUGCAGUUUCUGUCUCCUGACUAUACAAAAUCACCAACCCUCCUAUUCACAAACAAUAUCACCCGUCCUUCAAGGGAUGACUAUUCAGAUGGUGUGAGGUUGUUUACCAAAGAUGCUUUUCACAGAUUUAUAGUUGAUGAUGUAAAGGAAGCAGUAAACCCUGCACAGAAUGGCACAAAAUGUGGAGCUCUGUAUGUUGUGACUGUCCCACCUGGUGGCCAUGCAUGUGUAUACUGGAAAAUUGAAUCAAACUUUGCAAGCACAAAAAUCAACAUUGACCAUCUUCGAAAACUUUUCAUUGACAGAAAGGCUGAAGCAGACGCAUUCUAUCAAACGGUGACAACUGGUAAAUGGAGUGCUGAUGAGGCUAACAUUGCUCGGCAAGCCCUUGCUGGUCUUCUGUGGUCCAAACAAUAUUACUGCUUUGAUGUCAAAUCCUGGAUGCAGGACUACAUGAAGUGUUCACAAAAUAAAGGCAAAAAAAUACGCAAUUCAGGAUGGCACCACCUCAAUAACCAUGACAUUCUUCUCAUGCCUGAUAAAUGGGAGUUUCCAUGGUAUGCUGGCUGGGAUCUGGCCAUUCAAGCUGUGCUGUAUUCCCGCUUUGAUAUCAACUUUGCCAAACAGCAACUCCUGGUGUUUCUGUCAGACCGCUACAUGCACCCACGUGGGCAGAUUCCAGGAUGUGAGUUUGAUCUUGGUGAAGCAAAUCCUCCAUUACAAGCCUGGGCAUGUCUUCAAAUUUACCAAAGAGAUGGAAAAUCAGACACUGACUUCCUGAAGCGGUGCUUCAAUCGCCUUCUUCUGAACUAUGGAUGGUGGUGUUCCCUUGAGUAUGAGGACUCCCGUAUCUAUGGUCGAGGUUUUCUUGGGAUGGACAACAUCAGUGUUGUGAACAGAUCUGGAUCUCUUCCACCUGGCUGGUCUCUAGUACAAGCAGACUGCACAGGCUGGGUAGCUUGCCUCUGUCUAUGGCUGCUCAAGAUGACGGUGGAGUUGGGCAGAAAAGAUUCAACCUACUUCGACCUCAUGUCAAAAUUCCUCACCCACUUUGUUGACAUAGCCGUCGCAAUUAACAAGCACAUUGACAAUGGUGGACUGUGGCAUGAAGGGGAUCAAUUUCUGUAUGAUGUGUUCUACACACCUAGUGGACACAAGCCCAUACACCUGCGAUCAAUUGCUGGCCUGGUGCCUCUGCUAGCCUGCACCAUCAUCAGCCUCCGUGCAUUGCCUGUGGCGUCUGCAGCCUUCAGCCACCACAUUGAUCAACAUCCACAGCAUGUGACACGUCUGAAUGAUGAUGAGGUUUUCCUGUCACUCCUGCCCUGGGAACGAGUCAGAGCUUUACUGGAACAUGUAUUCUCUGAGGAAGAAUUUCUUUCUCCAUAUGGAAUUCGCUCCCUUUCCAAAGUGCAUGCAGCUCACCCAUUGGACAUGGAGGUAGGCAAUGAGAAGUUCAGUGUAAAGUAUGCACCUGGGGAGUCCGACAGUGCAGCCUUUGGAGGAAACAGUAACUGGCGAGGGCCAGUCUGGCUGUGCAUGAACUAUUUACUGCUAGGAAGCCUUGAUACCUAUCACUUAAAGGGGUUGCGCACCAGCCAUCCUAUCCUGAUUCACCAUCCUUCCCUCAGCCCUUCACACCCUGUAACCCUUUCUGCUGCUAUCAGAGACCUGGAGAGACGUCUGCUGGCCAUUUUUCUGCGUGAUGCCCAGGGAAGCCGACCUUUGCAUGGUUCAGAUGAUCGGUAUUCAAAAGAUCCCAAGUGGAGACACCUUAUACUGUUUUAUGAGUACUUUCAUGCUGAAACAGGCCGUGGAUGUGGUGCAAGUCAUCAGACAGGAUGGACAGGCCUAGUGUUAGAAUUGUUAUUCAGAUUUCACAGAUCCAGACCCAAGUCAGUCAGUAAGCACACCCCUCCUCUCAGAGACAUGGGAGGAAAGUUAUCUUCUGCUUCUUAGAUGAGAAAUUGCCCCAAGAAGAAAGCCCUAUGCAAAAAUGUGUAAAAUUGCUUUGAAAUCAGGAAACUGUGUUACUGCAGAACUGAUCAGCGUAAUCUGCAGCUGUGCUUAUCUAUAAAUGUCUAAAACCAAGACUAUUCUGUUAAACUGUUUAAGAUUUAUUUUUAAUAACAGAUUGCUUAACUUAUGCAUAAUGCAUUAGGAUGGGAGAUUAAUUUUUUUCUAUUUGUUUGCUUAUAUUUUAUAAGUUCACUUUCUGUGUUUGCUGGACUGUAUUCAGUCUCAGCCAGACAGAUACUCAUACGCCUUCCUAGAAGAUUAAUAGUCUGUAACUGUUCAUCUCUUGUGCGAUAGACCUUUGAUGUGUUAAUGCUGUUCGUGAAGUUAUUAUCAUCAGGACUUAGGUGUUACUGCUGUUUGUGAAGUAAUUAUCAUCAGUGAACUGUGGAUUUUAGCAUAUAAUCUGAACAUAGACAUCCGAGAGUUCACAUGCUAGUGUACUUUUGCAUCCAUGUACACUUGUCUUCUGCCUUACUUCACGAAAAAGAUUUCUUUGUCCAACUCCAUUCUUUAUCAGGGUUACCUUUUUUAGCUUGUUUAUUUUUUUUUAAGAAGUUUAAGAUAAACUGUGCCAUUUGUACAUCACUGGAAUCUGGUUGUCUCAUCUCUAGCAGACUGAAAUGACAAAGAUUUUAAGAGACAAUUUCAAAUUGCCUGGAUUAAAAUUUUUGGAUUCUUUUCACUACAUUUCCUCCUAUCAUACUUAUUGCAUACAUUUGUGAGGAAUUUGAUGCUGAACAUAGAAUAAAAGUGCGGACCAUAGAGAAGGCAAGAGAAAGCUUACUUUUGUUUGCAUGCAGACAGGCAUGUGAAUCUCCUUCAUUCCCUUCUCUCACUGCCCUCAUCAUGAGCACUGGAUAUGUAUAUGAGAGAGACCGACAUUAAUUGUGUAAAAUAAACUUCACACACACACACACACGCACCCACGAAGUCUUCAGGACUCAUUUCAGUCUGGAAGCGAAUUUGCAGAAAGCCUGCUUAAUGGUUCGAUUUUCUUCACCCCUCCCAUCGUUUUUUUUAAAGGGUGGAGUGGAGGAGGGAGGUUCUUUUUGCUCUAACCGACGUCUCCAUGGCAGCCGCUGCCCUGUAGUGGAGGUGCGGGUGAGCGGGCGCUAGACGACUGAAGAUAAAUCAGUCACGCCUGGUCUGCCGGCCAUCGCAUGACGAGAUGCAGGGAGGUGUGUGUGUGAGGGGGGAUCAAGGCGGCCUGCCACAAAGCCCUCGUGACAAAACGCCAUCUUCCACCGCCAGCAUUCAUCAGGAGCCGAUAAUAAAUGUGUUGUCUUCCCCGUUGCUUAAGAGGCCUUGCGUGAUUAGAGCCCAUUGCUCACCGCACCCAGCUCUAAUUGUCGCCACAGAAAUAAAGAUUUUUUUUAGGGAGGAAAGGAGAGGUGGGUUGUGGGGACUUCAAAAAAAAAA